UAUCGUUCCAAAUAUAAAUAGAAUUAUGAGAAAUCUCAUAAAUGCGGCUUUUAUAGGUUUUUUGCUGUUAACGGGAAAUGUGAUUUUUCGAAACCAUGGAGUUAUUGCAGACGUACCAUGCUUUGUUGAAAGAGGAUCAGAUUUUAUGACAAUCAGAGUGCCCAGUAUUAAUCCUAGCAAUGUGGAAGGUCGUCCUGGCAAACAGGGUCCAAUAGGACCGAAAGGUGUCCCAGGUAUUCGCGGACGAACAGGAGAAAGGGGAGUACAAGGUCCGAUAGGGCCCCGAGGACCGCCUGGACCUCCUGGUCCCCAAGCUGUUUUGGAUCCAAAUUCUGAUAUUUUACAGCAAUACAGUGCACGGAUGAAAAGACAAGAUGCUAAGAUAAUAGUGCUGGAAGAGCUCAUGUUUAACUUGAUGGGAUAUUACAAAGCAAGCAAUGGCAAUUUCUACAAAUGGUUCCAAGAAAAACUCAACUUUGACAAUGCAAAACAAAAGUGCAAAAGUUUGGGGGGUCAACUGGCGUCAGUAGGAAUGAGAAAUUCAACAACAAAAAGAGAAAUACACACGGCUUUAGAGAUCGGCACUGCACUCUUCUGGGUUGGACUACAAGAUCUUGAUAAACAAGGCAACAUGUGGACAUGGGUGGAUGGUGUAAUAUCCACAAAAGCAGAUUUAGAAUGGAGAGAAAACGAGCCCAAUAAUCCUGGUAUCGAAAAUUGCGUCAAUUUCAUAGAAGUGGGAUUCAACGAUUUAAGGUGCGAACGAGAAAUAUCCUACUUGUGUGAAAAAGUGUUGGAAUGA